CUUACCCUUAUUAUAACUCUUUCUUAUUAACUCCAACUCCUCUUUGGAAUCUCUCUCUUCUCUCUCUCUCUCUCUCUCCCAAAUUUCUCUAUAUAUAUAGGGCCAAAAUAUUACCAAGUUUUAGUACUACUGUUGGGAUUCAUAUAUAGCUAGGCUGUCUUCAAAGCAAGUAGUAGAGGAAAAAGAGAGAAUAAAAAGCUAGCUUUUGCUUUCUACUCAUCUCUAUAUUGCAAUUUGAAAGAAGAGAGAGUUUUCUAUUUUAUUUAUAUAUAUAUAUAAUUUUCUUUCUUUUCAAUAAUUUCCUUGCUUUUAUCUUUCUUCUUCUUUGGUUUUGGUGGUAUAUAUAAAGGAGAGAAUUAGUCUGUGCUUACUUGAUUGCUUCUGCUGAGAAAUUGAAAAAGAGAGAAAAGGAAGAGAAAAAUCAUACAAAACAAAAAACAUGUCGAGCUGCAGCGUUGAUGUUGCGCCUGAGCAACUCUGCUACAUCCCCUGCAACUUUUGCAAUAUCGUUCUCGCGGUGAGUGUUCCAUGCAGCAGCCUGUUCGACAUAGUGACCGUCCGAUGCGGGCACUGCACCAAUCUAUGGUCCGUGAAUAUGGCCGCUGCGUUUCAGUCACUGUCCUGGCAACAAGACCAUCAUGUCCAGGCACAAAAUUACAACUACAAUAAUGGUGCUCCAGAUUAUCGGAUUGACUCGGGGUCUUCAUCCAGAUGCAACAUUAACACUAGGCUUGCUAUGAGGGCUCCCACUACUACUAACAUCACUGAAGAGAGGGUUGUCAAUCGACCUCCCGAGAAGAGGCAGCGAGUCCCGUCUGCAUAUAACCAGUUUAUAAAGGAGGAGAUUCAAAGAAUCAAGGCUAAUAAUCCAGAUAUCAGCCAUAGGGAAGCUUUUAGCACUGCUGCUAAAAAUUGGGCACAUUUUCCCCAUAUCCAUUUUGGACUGAUGUUGAAGACCAACAAUCAGACUAAGCUGGACAAUGGAUCUGAGAAGCAUCUUAUGCCAUCAAGGGCUGCGCUCCUAAAUAAAUGAAGCUAUAUAUUAGCUAGCUAGCUAGGAGUGCAUGGUCGAUGGUGGUGACCUCACAUCAGUAUAAUAGCUGGAGUGUUGAGUAAAAUCCAAGUUCUUUGAGUGCGCGUGAUGAAUUGCCUUAUUAAUUAUAUAUAAUCGCGGUUUCUAUAUAUGUGUUUGUUUGUUGUAAGGAGAAAUAUAUAUAAUUAAGAACUAUAAUCUAUAAUGUACGUGUUUCUGCUAUAGUUUACUUAGCAGGAUUAUAUAUGUUUAUCUCCAUGACUCGAAAUAUUUAAAGCUUUAUCUAAUUUUCUCUAGUCGUCUUCCUCAGUGGUGCAUGCUAUAUAUAUAUAUAUAUAUAUAGCAUAGUUCCACACUGAAGAUAAUGACAGUGUAAUAAAUUCUGUGUUUGUUAAUUAUUUGUUCAUUGGAUCA